AUGGGCAAAGGCGGUCGCAUUCUAUGCAUUUUCACCCCAUAUGCUCUCACCAUCGCCUCGUUGGUGUGCAUCAUCAUGGUCGGGAUAGGGUGUACGAAUUCAAGCUCCGGAACCCUGAACAACCUCUACUUCUUCCGCGCCAACCUGCAAAAUCUCACCACCACAGCAUCCAAAUCGAAGGUAUCCGAUGCCCUCGAAGCCGCGCAUCUCAAAGUCAACGACGGUGAUAUCAAAACCGCCUUGGAACAGAUCCAGAAGCAGUUCGACGUAGCGGACUUCUACACCGUCGGUCUGUUGGGCUACUGCGACGGCAAUGUCACCAACGGUGACCACUACGAGGUCAAGGAGUGUUCGAAGCCCAAGGCCCAGUUCUAUUUCAACCCGAUCGAGGUCUGGCAUUUGGAACAAACCGGUGCCGAGAAUGCCCUCCCUAGCUCCGUUCGCAAGGGCUUGGAUCUCUACAAGAACGUCUCCAAGUGGAUGGUCAUCGCUUACAUCGUUGCCUUCGUCGCUACCAUCGUUGAACUCCUCGUCGGACUCUUCGCUAUCUGCAGUCGUUGGGGUAGCUGUGUGACCACUCUGGUCUCGAUUGUCGCAUUCCUAUUCACCACCGCCGCCUCAGUCACCGCAACAGCCAUGUUCGCCACCAUCACCGGCGUCUUCAACGAAAACCUGAAAGACUAUGGCAUCAAGGGCAGCAUGGGUAAGAACAUCUUCGUGGCCACCUGGUUGGCCGUCGCCUUCUCUCUGGGCGCUGCUCUCUUCUGGUUGUUCAGCUCCUGCUGCUGUUCCGGUCGCUCGCCCUACAACCACAAGAACAAGAACCCUCGUGCCAUCACCGCCGAAAAGGCCCCCUACACCUACGAGCCUUUGGGUACCCCCGCCGUACCUCCCUACGGUAAUACGGCUUACCCGGCUCCGGCGAAUCACAAUCACAAUCAGCAGUCGAGUGCCUAUGAGCCUUUUCGUCAUGUUUAG